AUGGCUGGAACAUACCAGAAUCCUUAUGCCUAUCUGGAGCUCCUGGACCACCAGCUGACCACGGUCUGGGGCACAGUCUACAAGGAAGUUGGCAAACACCCAUCAUCCUUGUGGACCAUCGAGGAUCAGUCAUUGCCACGGACACCACCGUUCCUGCCAAUAAUAAGAGACAAAGAAGACAUUUUCCAGAAUAUUCUGAGUCAAGUUUCUGAGGAAUUUUCAAGAACUUUCCGGAUUAGCGAGCUGAAGAGGGAGGUCGGUGAGCGGCUCACAGUCUUAGAACAAAGGGUGGAAGUUGAAGGUCAGAAGGUUCUCGGCAUUGACAAGUGUAAGAACGAGCUGAGGAAGCUCCGGGAUGAACUAGACAAGAAGAACCACAGACUUAACUCCCCAUGUAGAUGUUACCAGUCUGAGGAAUUCAUCCGAGUGAACCCGCGUAAAGAUGUCCCCAACUACCCCAAGUACACGCUGUCAUCGGAGACCAUUGAUGCCCUGAAGAAACCCACCUUUGAUGUCUGGCACUGGGAAUACAAUGAGAUGUUGAGCUGCCUGGAGUUUAUGUAUCAUGAGCUUGGACUGGUCCAAGAGUUUAACAUGAACCCCAUGACUCUGAAACGCUGGCUGUUGUGUAUCCAGGAGAAUUACAGAAACAAUCCAUUCCACAACUUCCGCCAUUGCUUCUGUGUGACCCAGAUGAUGUAUGGAAUGAUUCACCUCUGCCAGCUAAAGGAGCACAUGUCACUGUUACAGUUGGGAGUCCUCAUUACGGCUGCCGUUUGCCAUGAUCUUGACCACCCCGGGUACAACAACACAUACCAGAUCAACGCCCACACGGAGCUGGCGAUCCGCUACAAUGAUAUCUCUCCCCUGGAGAACCAUCACUGUGCCGUGGCGUUCCAAAUCCUGGCACAGCCGGAAAAUAACAUCUUCUCCAAUGUGACCCCCGAUCUCUUCAAACAGAUCCGACAGGCAAUCAUCCGUCUGAUUCUAGCGACAGACAUGGCAAAACACGGAGAAAUUCUGGAGGCCUUUAAACAGACUGUGCCCAAAUUUGACUUCUCCAACGAGGAACACGUGAAAACUCUGCAGAUGAUGCUGAUAAAAUGCUGCGAUAUCUCUAAUGAGGUGCGUCCAUCGGAGGUGGCCGAGCCCUGGGUGGACUGUCUGCUGGAGGAGUACUUCAUGCAGAGCGAUCGGGAGAAGUUGGAGGGUCUUCCAGUCACGCCCUUUAUGGACCGAGAUACAGUCACAAAACCCAAAGCUCAGAUUGGAUUCAUCAAGUUUGUGCUGCUUCCCCUGUUUGAGACCGUCAUGAAGCUCUUCCCACAGAUAGAGGAGGCGAUGGUGUGUCCUCUGCAGGAAGCCAGGGAUCACUAUGAGGAGCUCAUAGAGCUGGAGGAAGCAAUGGCAGAAGUCCAGCAGAGAAAGAUGGAGGUGCUGUCCAGCGGAGGCGGGAGAAGGAAGAGGAGCAGCGAGACGGCCUAGCCGCGCAUAUAAUUCCCUUUUCCACGCCUCAUCAGAGAGCGUGAAACCUGGCCGGGGCGAGGCGCGGAAUCCCCGCCGGGGUAACGGUAGGAGCGAGCCGAUGAUUAAUGUAACUUCGCUGUGACCUCUUCCAGCUGUCCUGAGAGUAUUGGCUCCGAGGCUGUUUUCUUAAACACGUCAUGGAUUUCACAUUUUCACGUUUCCGGCCUUUUUCGCCGGCCUGAAAACG